GCCAAAACCCACUUCUUCAACCCCUAUUCAACUUAGUGAAGGUUAGUAGCUCAAUACCAACUUCGACACCCUUGCAACAAUGUCUCCUUCUCUUUCUUUUUCGGUAAAUCGGAGCCCAAAAUUUCCUUUCCAAGGUGAGGUGAAAAAACAUGGAAAUUCGUUGUUUACUGCAAAUCCCAAUCAUUUAAAGUUCUCAUUUCUAGAAAAACCAGUAUCAACGACACUUAUUCCACAUGCUGUAGCAACAGAAAUCCCUACACAUUGGUAUAACAUCAUCGCCGACCUCCCCAUCAAACCUCCCCCAUUUCUGCAUCCAAAGACGUUUGCACCAUUGCAACCGCAAGACCUAUCUCAUCUUUUUCCCGAUGAACUGAUUAAGCAGGAGGCAAGCAAUGAACGAUUCAUUGUGAUUCCUGAUGACGUUAUCGAUGUUUACAGGCUUUGGCGCCCUACCCCUCUUAUCAGAGCCAAGAGAUUGGAGAAACUACUUGAUACACCUGCAAGAAUUUAUUACAAAUAUGAAGGUGUAAGUCCAGCAGGUUCACACAAACCAAACACCGCUGUCCCUCAGGUUUGGUACAAUGCACAACAAGGUGUCAAGAACAUUGUCACUGAAACCGGUGCAGGUCAAUGGGGGUGUUCUUUAGCGUUUGCUUCCAGCCUAUUUGGGCUCAACUGUGAAGUGUGGCAAGUUAGGGCUUCUUAUGAUCAGAAACCAUAUCGGAAACUGAUGAUGCAAACAUGGGGAGCUAAAGUUCAUCCGUCUCCUUCAAACAUCACGGAAUCAGGCCGGAGAAUCCUUGAAAUGGAUCCGUUGAGUCCAGGGAGCUUGGGAAUUGCCAUUUCAGAGGCUGUGGAAGUUGCAGGUCUUAACGAAGAUACCAAGUAUUGCUUAGGAAGUGUUCUGAAUCAUGUUUUGUUACAUCAGACUGGGCUCUGUUUCCCUUUUAUCCGGGAAAAACUCAAAGGAAAAAUCAACCCUGUUAUAAGAGCUGUCGAGCCUACUGCUUGCCCUUCAUUGACCAAAGGUGUUUAUGCUUAUGAUUAUGGAGAUACUGCUCAAUUGACUCCAUUGAUGAAGAUGCAUACACUCGGUCAUGAUUUCGUUCCUGACCCUAUUCAUUCCGGAGGGUUGAGGUAUCAUGGAAUGGCGCCACUGAUUUCACACAUCUAUGAAUUAGGUUUCAUGGAAGCAAUGGCAAUUCCACAGAUUGAGUGCUUUCGAGGGGCCAUACAAUUUGCUCGAUCAGAAGGACUGAUACCAGCACCGGAGCCUACACAUGCCAUAGCCGCAGCAAUACGAGAAGCCCUUCACUGCAAAGAGAGCGGCGAAUCAAAAGUGAUAUUAAUGGCAAUGUGUGGCCAUGGCCAUUUUGACCUUCCUGCUUACGAGAAAUACUUACAGGGCGCCAUGGUUGAUUUGUCUUUCUCAGAAGACAAAAUGCAAGCUUCUCUCGCCAAUAUCCCACAUUUAACCUAAAAGCUUACACCUUUUGUCUUUUUG